AUGGUUGAUGGAAAAGAAAUGGAAGUUCUUUUAGAGGAUGAGAAUCUUCAGAAGCUAAAGCAAGAGCACGGCGAACAAAUCUGUGCUUUGGUAACAAAGGCCUUGGUUGAACUCAACGAGUACAAUCCUAGCGGUCACUAUCCUGUACCGAAGCUGGGGAACUAUGAGAAGGACCGGGAGGCAACAGUGGCUGAAGCCAUCCAUCACGUCAUGAAGAAGCUGAAGACUCGUAAGAGGAAGCAUUGUCCCCGGGUUCCAUCCCUGGAAUUUGCUGUUAGCAUUGACAUGAAUGCUGCUAUAUUUUCAGAAUGGGAACCACCCCAUGGAUCUGCUGCCGUACUUGCUUACCAGAGUAGGGAUGGCAGCGGGUGA